UGUUCAUGUUCUUUUAAAAAACCCUUUAUAUUAAAGUAUAGCAUUUUAAUAAAAGGUGCAUAUAUUACAAGUAUACAGGUCAGUAGAUUUUCAUGAAUUCAGCACACUUCUGUAACCAGCAUGCAGAUAAAAUAACAUAAUCUGACCAUCAUCCUACAGUCUCCACUAUGUCCAAUUUUAAUGAUUAUCUCAUCUCCUAUUUUGAUUUUGUUUUCUCACAUUUCAAUAUAUUUAUCAUGUAGAAAUAGUACAUUUAAAAAAAUUUUAGGCACUCUACAGCGGAGACACGCUGUGAAUCCUCACCUCAGCUGGAGCUUCAGAGAUGGUGGUUCCCCCCCCUCUUUUUUAUUGCCUCUCAGGACUCUUCAGCAUCUGGAGAUCUCAUUAACAUGUCUUUGUGUGAAGAUAUGUUGUUUUGUAAUUAUCGAAAGUGUCACAUCAAACUCUCUGGUUAUGCCUGGGUCACUGCCUGUUCUCAUAUCUUCUGUGAUCAGCAUGGCAGUGGUGAAUUUAGUUGUUCACCAGCUAUCUGCCCUGCCUGCAACAGUACCCUUUCUGGAAAGCUGGAUAUUGUCUGCACUGAACUCAGUCCUUCAGAGGAAUAUAAAGCUAUGGUGUUGGCAGGGCUGCCACCAGAGAUUGUGUUAGACAUUAGCUCCCGAGCACUGGUUUUCUGGACAUAUCAGGUACAUCAGGAACGUCUCUAUCAAGAAUAUAAUUUUAGCAAGGCUGAGGGUCAUCUGAAACAGAUGGAGACAAUAUAUACUCAGCAAAUACAGAGCAAAGAUGUAGAAUUGACCUCUAUGAAAGGGAAGGUCACCUCUAUGAAGAAAGUGCUAGAAGAAUACAAGAAAAAGUUCAGUGACAUCCCAGAGAAACGUAUGGAGCAUAAUAGUCAGUAUCAAAAGCUCCAAGGUCUCUAUGAUAGCCUUAGGCUACGGAAUAUCACUAUUGCUAACCAAGAAAGUACUCUUGAACCAUCUUUGGUAGCACAGUCUGGUGUUUUUGGCUUCCCAUUAGGUAACAGCUCCAAGUUUCCUUUGGACAAUACACCAGUUCGAAAUCAGGGAGGCGGAGAUGGAGAUUUUCAGUUUAGACCAUUUUUCUGUGGGUUCUCCUACAGCACCUGAAGCCAGCAACAGCUUUUUUAGUUUUGCCUCUCUAGGCCAUGAAUUAGAGCAGCAACAAGUCUUUAGCAGGGCCUUCAAAGUAAAAAGAAUUUAGCUUAUUUUAUAGAAUGUUUGUUGCAUUCAGUGAUUUCAUUUAUCAUAGAAUCUUUAUUCUAGGUAAGAGUUGUCAACCUCCCUGUUCUGUUAAGUCUUUAAAGUUCACUUCACAUUUCAACUUAUAAAAAAUUCAGUGGCAGUAGGGGAUUGGCAUUAAUGUCUUGAUUUUUUUGUGUGUGUUCCUUUGUUUCUAAUAUUUAAAGCGUGAAAAUUUCAUUAAUCUCAAUUUCUUUGUAUACUGUUGAGUUUUCAUUCCUGGUGAAAAGGCCACAACAUUAUUAUAUGUUCUGUAGAUCACUCUGACUUUCUGACUGAGCUGUGUGUGUAUGCAUUAUAUGUAUGUAAGCACCAGUGUUAUAUGUUUACAUGUUACUUUGGGUCUUGGUAUUUAUGCAUAUAUAUGUAUGUAAUUAUGUCCAUUGACAUUUUGUUGUAUUUGUCAAUAUAUUUAAUGAAUAUUUUGGUUUUGGAUAAUGGUGGGUGAUCUGUGGCUUGUUAUUUGGGUAUGUGUAUUUAUUUGUAUGUAUUUAUGUAUUUGUACACAUAUUAACUUGUUUAGAGAAGUAUGUUAAUGUUAAUGAAAGAAUAAUUUGAUGUAUGUAUUUCAGUCCCUCUUUAUAUUUAAAAAUUGAUAAAUUUAUAAAGUUGAUUUUUUUAGGAUUUGUUUAAAAAUAAAGCUUUUU